GGCGCCCGCGGCGGCGCAGCUGGGCCCGGCCCGGCGCGGCCCUCGACAGCCGCAAGUUUGGGAGUUGCACGAGUUUGCGGGGGGGAGAGGCCGGGCGGGGGGCCAUGGAGGAGGACCGAGGGUCGGCGCUGGCGGCCGAGUCGGCGCUGGAGAAGAACGUGGCCGAGCUGACCGUCAUGGACGUGUACGACAUCGCGUCGCUCGUGGGCCACGAGUUCGAGCGGGUCAUCGACCAGCACGGCUGCGAGGCCAUCGCGCGCCUCAUGCCCAAGGUCGUGCGUGUGCUGGAGAUCCUGGAGGUGCUGGUCAGCCGCCACCACGUCGCGCCCGAGCUGGAUGAGCUGCGCCUGGAGCUGGACCGUCUGCGCCUGGAGAGGAUGGACCGCAUCGAGAAGGAGCGCAAGCACCAGAAGGAGCUGGAGCUGGUGGAGGAUGUAUGGCGGGGGGAGGCACAGGACCUCCUUUCCCAGAUCGCCCAGCUACAGGAGGAGAACAAGCAGCUCAUGACCAACCUCUCGCACAAGGAUGCCAGUUUCUCUGAGGAGGAGUUCCAGAAGCAUGAAGGCAUGUCCGAGCGCGAGCGGCAAGUAAUGAAGAAGCUCAAGGAGGUGGUGGACAAGCAGCGCGACGAGAUCCGCGCCAAGGACCGGGAGCUCGGUCUGAAGAAUGAGGAUGUCGAGGCUCUGCAGCAGCAGCAGACUCGGCUGAUGAAGAUCAACCACGACCUCCGGCAUCGUGUCACAGUGGUGGAGGCCCAGGGGAAGGCCCUGAUUGAACAGAAGGUAGAACUAGAGGCAGAUCUGCAAACCAAGGAACAGGAGAUGGGCAGCCUGCGGGCAGAGCUUGGGAAGCUGAGAGAGAGGCUGCAGGGCGAACUCAGCCAGAAUGGGGAGGAGGAGCCCCAGACGGAGCCAGGCGGGGAGGAAAGCAUCUCCGAGGCAGAGAAGGUGGCCAUGGAUCUCAAGGACCCCAACCGCCCCCGGUUCACGCUGCAGGAGCUGCGGGACGUACUCCAUGAGAGGAAUGAACUCAAGUCCAAAGUGUUUUUGUUGCAGGAGGAGCUGGCGUACUAUAAGAGUGAAGAAAUAGAAGAGGAAAAUCGAAUACCCCAACCUCCACCAGUCGUCCACCCGAGAAUGUCUCCCCAGCCGGAGUCUGGGAUCAAGCGACUGAUCUUUACAGCCAUAAUGCCCAUGGUAGCAGCUGGACUGAUCAUAGAUGACCCCACACUGCAGCCCAUCCGACGACUUGUUGCCCUUGUUUAGCUUCUUCUCCCGAGAUAAGAAGCGUCUGGCCAACACGCAGAGGAACGUGCACAUCCAGGAGUCGUUUGGCCAGUGGGCCAACUCCCACCGUGAUGACAGUUACACGGAGCAAGGACAGGAAGCCCUGCAGCACCUGUGACCACAGCCCGCCUCCACCCUGGGACCUGAAUUAUCCACCGCCAGCGCCAGCAGUGGGACCUGGCAGCUUCAGGUGUUGCUACCUUGCACACCUCUCGGUUCAGAUGCACCCCUAGAACUGAUCCCUCAAACAAACUGCUUUGAGGAAGCACACUGAAAAACUGAUGCCAAACUCUAAAGAAAUGUUUAUUUAUACCCAGGGCUAUGACCGUUUAUAAUAGAUGACUGAUCCCUUAGGAUAUAUAUUUAAUAACACCAUGAGCAGAGGCCAGACUUUUGCAUUAACUUCAGUAACACAAGCUUCUUUAAGCCAAAUACAUCACAUGCCACUAUAAUUACUGUUUGACUUACUUUGUAUGAAAUUCCGUGUAGGGGUUUUAUUAACACAUUUGUCGUACUGAAGUGGGAGGCAGGAAGCAGUAGAUUUUCCUUAUAUCUCUCAUGAAAUUGUUGUGGUGGUAGCUCAGUACAUAGGAUGCAUCCAUUAGAUAAGCAGGAUAAGCCUCCAAAGUCACCAGACAAGCUGGCCCCACUUAGAUGUGAGGCAACAGAAAAUAUGGUCCUCCUAACCCAGAAACUGGAGAUGACUUUGCAAGAGCCAGUGGUUCUCUUUUGCACCUUGUUACUGAUAUUGCCUAGAGCAUGUAACGAGUGCCUUGGAAUCGGCUGUGAGUUAUGCAGUACUAACCAAACAAAGUUGCUAAGGAUGAGACAUUGCAACCCUUUUCAUUUCUUGUUUGUAUUUUUUCCCCCUCAGCUUCUUUCUUUAUCUUUAAAUACAUCAAACAGUCUCCUAUAAAGAAGACCAAUGUACAAGAGCAGAUUUGAAAAGGGCGGGGGGGGGGGGGCGGGAUAGGCUCACCAGCGUGAAGGCAGUGGGUGAAGAGAUUGCUUGGGGACCGCAUGUCUGGCUGACUCAUAGGGAUGUGGUGACACAGAGAGGGGCAGAAACCUGUAUCUGGUGAGCUGAGAUUUUGCCCAAUAGCACUGUCUUUCUCUCUGCCCGCAGAGGACACCUCAGGGCACAGGCUGGGUGCUGACAGAUUGAGAGAGGUAGCAUUUGCUAGCAGAACACUCAAGUAACAUCUGAUGAGUCCACUACACAUUCUGCUAUGGUUUGCUAAGAAACCAUCAGGUUGGUUUACAGUAUAUGGGGACUCUGUUUCCAGAUUGCAGAAAAGAAUGAUCAGACAGGAUAAUGUUGCUUAUGCACUGUGGUUCUCAAACCUGACUGCCCACAAGAAUUAUCAGUUGAUUCUCAGAGUAUAAAAGCAAGUGUAUUGAGGAAUCCCACUCCCCCUGGCCACUUUUAGUUGCCUUCUCAGGAUUAACCAAUGUUGCCAGUUUCUUGAAUGUCUUCAAAGAGCUUAUAAAUAUACAUGCAGUUAUGUAACAAAAUAUAUUUUUUCCUUUUUUUUCAUAAAUGGCAGCAUACUAUAUAUGUGCUAUUCUGUACCUUUCUUUUCUUAGAAUACCCUGGAGAUGAUGACUCCACAUCAGUACAUAAGACAGUGGGUCUCAAUGUCCCCCAGGGACAUUUGGCAAUGUCUGGAAAUAUUUUUGGUGUUUUGGUUGUCACAACUGCUGUCAUCCAGUGGGUCGGCUCCAGGGAUGCUGCUCAACAUCCCACAGCGCUCAGAACAGUGCCCCCAUCACAGUCUCCCAGCACCAGAUGUAAUAGUGCAAGAUUGAGGACCCCUGGUGUACCAUGUAGAUGCAUAAUUUGUUCAUGUUGACAGUUACACUGUCAACUUCCUUUCCAGUCUUUUACUGUCUAAAACAGCACUGUACACUUUCACACAUGUCAGUCUGCAGAAUAAACUAGAAUUGCCAGGUGA